AUGUCGUCUAGAGACCAAGAGCCAAUAGUACCACAGGGUUGGAAGGCCGUUUUCGACGAACAGUAUCAAACGUGGUUUUAUGUUGAUUUGAAGACGAAGAAGUCUCAGUGGGAACCACCUGCUGGCACCACGUUCCCAGGCGACGAGAAGGAUGGUAUGGGACUUCCACCGUACAGCGCUUCUGAUGAGAAGGCCAAUAAUAAAGGCGAUAGCAAGGGCAAGUCCACCAGCGGCGGAUCAGGCCCAUAUUCUUCAUCACAGGGACGCGGCCAACAGCGAAAUGGCCAGUCCAACCAAGGUGGAUACAACCAGGGCUAUCAACAAGGAUACCCUCAACAGGGCUACCAACAAGGAUACCCUCAACAUGGCUAUCAACAGGGCUACCCACCACAGGGAUACCAGCAAGGAUACCCUCAACAAUACCAACAGCAACCAGUUUACUACCAGCAACAACAACAACAACAACAUAACCGCUCCAGGAUGGGCGGGCUUGGAGGUGUUGCCGCCGGUGCAGGUGCUGGUUUGCUUGGUGGUAUGCUCUUAUCUUCUGCCAUGCAACCGGACGUUGUGGUCAACAACUACGGGGACGACUACUACGGUGGAGACGACUUUGGUGGAGGCGACUUUGGUGGUGGUGGUGAUUUCGACUUUUAG